GGGUGCAGCGCCAGAUUGCCCACUGCAUGUGGAAGGGAAGUGAAGCAAUCAAAAACUCCUUCUGUGACCCAGCAACGCAGCCAAAAGGGCGACAAAAGAAAUGCUAUGAGAAGGACUGUCCACCUAGAUGGUGGGCAGGAGAAUGGCAGAAAUGUUCAACUACGUGUGGCCCAACAGGCCAGAAGAAGCGAACUGUACUUUGCAUCCAGACAGUGGGAUCUGAUGAGCAGGCGUUGGCUGCCACAGAGUGCCAGCACCUGCUGAAACCAAAGACACAUCUGUCAUGCAACAGAGAUGUCUUGUGCCCGUCUGAUUGGACAGUGAGCAACUGGACUGAGUGCACGGUUACUUGUGGUGGUGGCAUAAGGACUCGUAAUGUCACUUGUGCCAAAAAUAAUGAUGAGCCAUGUGAUACUUCCAAGAGACCAAACUCUAAGGCCCU